AUGGAAAGGAACAAAAAUACGACGUUAUAUUUUUACAAUAGCACAGAAAAAGGGACUGAGGUGGGCCAGGCUGUGGACCUGCCGAGGAUCAAAGGACGAUAUGCGAAUGGAGUCGUUAGGGUGAAGCUCUUUCCAGGGCAAGUAGAAGAUAGUGGGCAGUACGUCUGUGCGGUGAUAAGCGAUGGUGUCUAUCAAGAAGCUAUCGCCCAGGUGAUUGUUGCAGGUUUCUUUGAUGUGGAGGCAGAACAUGACGUCAUUACAGCUGUAAUUGGAGAAAAUGCCAUUCUUCCCUGCCGGCUGAUUACGAAACAUCUGCCCCCUAGCAUGGAGCUGCAAUGGAGGAAAGUUGGACCUGGGGAGGUUAAGACAAUCUAUCUCUACCUCUAUGAUGAAAGCAGCCUCCUGGUUAAUUCUUAUCCACAGGAUGACAAAUGCUCAAAUGGUUAUUUGUCUCCAAAUGGAGUCAACAGCAGAGAAUGGCUCAGGAAGAAAUAUGAAAAAAAGGCAAAAGUUUUUAAAGGAAAGGAGUUUGGGAAAGGAAAUAUUUCUCUGCAACUGAACAAUAUUCAGGUGGAAGAUGCAGGGAAAUAUGUAUGUUCUGCCACAGCCAACUCAUUUCACAGAGAGAUCAUCACUGAUGUCUUGGUUAUAGAGGAACUCCAGGAGGAAACAGUUUCUCUGACCUUAUCCAUCACACAGGCUAUUUCUGCCUCUGCUCAUGCUGCUCACCAACGGCUCUACUUAUCAGUGCUGCAGGAGGACCUAGGAACCAAAGGAGCAGAUUGGUGUCUUACUCUGUUUAUUGCUGUGUAUUGCUGUGACCAUCUUCCCUUUUCCAGGAAAAUGCAAAAAGGAACCCCAGGAGCAAACGGGAGACUUGGACAAGAGAAUAAAGGAACCCAAGGAGCAAACGGGAGAGUUGGAAAAGAGAAUGAGAGAUUUGGAAAAGAGAAUGAAGGAACUCCAGGAGAAAAAGGAGGAACCCCAGGAGCAAAUGGAACAACUCCAGGAGGAAAAGGGAGAAAUGGAAAAGACAAUAAAGGAACCCCUGGAGGAAAUGGGAGACUUGGAAAAGAGAAUGAGUAA